CCCUACUAUCAUUUUGACAUACCAAAAUUCAACAAACAAUGGCUCUCGAACAGAUGAAGGAGCUAUUGAUUUGAAGUCGAACGAUGUUGCUAGUGUUUUCGAAAAUGUGAUAAGUUCUGUGAAAUUGCCAAAAAAAUGUGGUUAGCUACGAAAACGAAAAAAUACGGCGUUGCCAUAUAUAAUUGGAAAGGUGAAACUCGACUGGGUCUGUCACUAGAAAUAGGAGAAACAGUGCAGAUACUUGAGGAAUAUCCAGGUUGGUACAGAGGGUUCACCACAAAGAACAGAUCAGUCAAAGGCAUCUUCCCACAAUCGUACAUCUACUUAAAGAAUUGCAAAGUCGAUAAUGAAGGUCUCUUCGAAAGUGUAGUACCGAUAGAGGAUCCUGUCAUUAGAGAGGUUACUUUGGUCCUUCGAGAAUGGGGGGAUAUAUGGAAGAAAUUGUUUGUGAACAAAGAGAACUACAAGUUCGAAACAGUUGGAAAGGUUAUGAGAGACCUUUUAGAAUGGCGGAGGCAGUUAGUUUCUGGGACUCUAACUCAUGAUCAAACAAACGAGCUGAAACUGAAGAUUAUAGGAAAAAUCGAUUGGGGGAACAGAAAACUGGGAUUGGACUUGGUACCAAGACAAGGAGCUGAAAUGGUAAAUUCUGAUUCGAUGUCUGUAGUAGAGCUUUAUCAUGUACAUGUUUCAAGCGCAGAAAAUACUACGGCCAGGGGAACACUCAAGAAGAAGGAAACCAAGAAAGUCCUGACCCAUCAUCUGUACUUCUGUAUGCGUGACUUUGGGCAUCACAUCGGCGAAGAUACCGAAAUAUAUUUUUCUCUAUACGAUGCUGCCAAAUGCAAAUAUAUAACAGAGAGAUUUCUGGUCAGGAUAUCCAAAGAGGGUUUUUCCAAUUAUGUAGAGAAAUUGCACAGUAACUGCACAUUCUUCACGGACUUAGGUAACUCGGACUUGAAUAGUGAUAUUUUUAUAAUUGCUCAUAUAAUAAGAAUCGGAAAAAUGAUUUACUCCGAUACCUCGAAAAAGACUGAAAAAUACGCUACUUUACAACAGCAGGUGUACAAAAGACCCUACGGUGUUGGCGUGCAACCUCUAGGUAAAUUUUUGGCCAGUAAAGACAAGGAUUCAGACGAAAAGGAAUUCAACAUGAAGGUUUUUCAAGGGGAAGAAAAAGACUUUCACCAGUUACACGAAUUCAUAAUAAAGCAAAUAGGAAAAUUUAACGCUCUCACUUGUCCUCCAAAUUAUGGGAUAAUGAUAUCUCUCAAAAUACUGCAUGGCGAACUGAGACAAAUCAAGGAAGACAAUCAGUUGUUGUUCAAGAAUGUCAGUUUGACGAAAAAAUUAGGUUUUCCUGAUGUAAUCAUGCCGGGAGAUGUCAGAAAUGACCUAUACAUUUCUUUGGAAAGGGGAGAUUUUGAAAGAGGUGGGAAGUCCACUGGCAAGAAUAUAGAAGUUACAGUUGUGGUGCUGGACAGUGAAAAGAAUAGGAUACAGGAUUGCUUAUGGGGAGCCUCUGGAAUGGAAGGAUCUUCUGUUUACAAUUCCAUGAUAAUAUACCAUCACAACUCUCCAGCUUGGGCAGAAUUAGCAAGAUUAACACUGCCAAUCGAUAAAUUCGCAGGAGCUCAUGUCCGAUUCGAAUUCAGACAUUGUUCAACGAGAGAAAAAAAUGAUAAAAAACUGUUUGGAUUCUCGUUUAUCCGAUUAAUGGAUAAAGAUGGCGCAGCUAUACAAGAUGGUUCUCACGAAUUGUACAUAUAUAAAUGUGAAGAUCCCCAAAAACUGGAGAACUGCGGAUACUUGUCCCUUCCAGCUUUCGGCAAAGACUACGAAGGCAAUCAUGAAGCUAGCGGGCAAUUUUCUCGAAGUCAUAAGGAAGCUGUAUUCGUCAAAACUCUGUUAUGCUCUACGAAACUUACUCAGAAUGUUGAUCUCUUGGCUCUCUUAAGAUGGAAGUCUCACCCAGAAAAGAUACAAGACUCCUUGCAAAGAGUUUUGAAACUGGGCGAUGAAGAAUUGGUUAAAUUUUUGCAAGACGUCCUUGAUGCUCUAUUUGCUCUGUUUUCAACGGAAGAUGGAAAUUCAACCCAAUAUAGUGGAUUGGUUUUUCACGUACUUGUUUCGAUUUUCAUCUUGUUGGACGAGUCUAAAUUUCAACACUUUAAGCCUGUUUUGGACGCUUAUAUCAAGAAUCACUUUUCUGCAGCUUUGGUUUAUAAGGGAUUGCUCACAAGUGUUCAACAUUGCGCUGAUUGGAUCUUAUCCUUUGAGAAACAGGAACCUAUUCAGAAGUGCUACAAAAGUUUGGAGUAUAUUUUCAAACUUAUCAUACAAAGCAGAUUACUUUUUUCAAGAGCUACUUGUGGACAGUUUGAAGACAGCUUCAAAAGAGACUUGUAUGCUGUUUUCAAUUCCUUGAAUAAAAUGUUGGUCAUGACUGAUCCAAAUAUCACCAAUACCCAGGUUGCCUUACUGCUAUCGAUUAGUUCAGUUUAUGAACAACUGGUGGAUGUAUUACCAAUAUUAGAAGUUUCAAAAAUAGCUGCUACCAUGUUAGACACAAUCCCUAAAGAGUUACCUCUACUAUUAGUCCAAGCAAAAUUAGUUUGUAUAAAAAAUUUAGUAUCCAGUAAACUAUUUCAAGAUGAUGAAUCCAGAAGUUUACUAUUAGGCUGUGCUUGUAAACACUUAAGGUUCCAUAUUAUACAUAGAGAUGAAUUAACGUUAUGCACUGAAGUGUUGUCAGAAAUACUAGGUUAUCUUUUUAGACAGCGUAAGCUUUGCGAUGAACAGGGAAAGAUAAAUAAUUGUAUACAUCAUGAUGUUGAUACUUUAUGUAUUAGCAUACUGGAAGUGUUGCUUCAAACAGUUUUGAUGUUGCUUGAUAAAGAUACAAAGAUAAUUGGUUGUUUGGUUGCUUGCAUGCUCGGCAUAUUACAGUUAUUGGAUGAGUACCAUUACAAACGGUUAUGGGAAGUUCUAAUGGGCCCUAGUUAUGAUCGUAAGCUAUUGAAAGACUUUCUGUUGAGAGUGUUUCUAGUGUUUCGUAAUUUGGUCGUUCAGGAGGUUUAUUCGAAAGAUUGGCUAGUAAUCAAAAUGGUUAUGAGCAACAUCAUUUUGAAAUCUCUCCAAGAGCUUGCACAACCUUUGGCUUUCAAGUUUUUGGAUACACAUUCAGGUUACAUUGAUAAAGAGCUCUGGACAAACUACUUUAAUUUAGCAGUUCAUUAUUUAACACAAGAAUCCCUUCAGCUGGAACAGUUUUCUGAUGUAAAAAGAGAAAAAAUUAUAGAAAAAUACGGGGAUAUGAGGGUAUUGAUGGGAUUCCAAAUUUUGUCUAUGUGGUCACAAUUAGGGGAGUGCAAAUUAGCAUUCAUCCCAUCAAUGGUUGGACCGUUUUUGGAAGUGACUCUAGUGCCAGAAAUUGAACUUCGCAAGGCCACCCUUCACAUAUUUUUUGAUAUGAUGGAAUGCGAACAGAAAGCACGGGGUAAUUUCAGACAAGUAGAAACUGAACUUAUAGAUAAACUGGAUACACUGAUAUCGGAAAAUAAGGGAGAUGAUGAAUAUAGGAGGCUAUUCAAUACCAUGCUCCUGGGUAGAGUCCAGAGUGAAGAUCCAACUUGGAAAGAGAGUGGAGCAGCUUUUAUUACAUCAGUCAGUCGUUUAUUAGAGAGACUUCUAGAUUAUCGAAGUGUUAUUCAAGGGGAUGAAAAUAGGGAUAAAAGGAUGUCUUGCACAUUUAAUCUUCUUAAUUUCUACAAGAAUGAAUUCGAUCGAAAAGAGAUGUAUCUGAGGUAUAUAUACAAGUUGCACGAUUUACAUUUCUCUGCUGAAAAUUAUACAGAGGCGGGCUUUACCAUGAAACUUCAUGCAGAUCAACUCAGUUGGACCAACCAUACGCCAGUAACCGAUAUUAACAAUGCCAAUUUGACCGAAAGUCAAUUGAAGGAGAAACUCUACUUGCAAAUGAUUCAUUAUUUCGACAAGGGAAAGUGUUGGGAAGAAGGUAUUCCUCUAUUGAAAGAACUGGCAGCUGUUUAUGAAGAACAAUCCUUCGAUUACAAAGCUCUGAGUGACAUACUGAAAUAUCGUGCCAAAUUCUACGAUAAUAUAUUGACACAACUCCGUCCAGAACCUGAAUAUUUCAGAGUUGGUUACUAUGGUCUUAGUUUUCCACUCUUUGUUAGGAACAAGCAAUUCAUUUAUAGAGGAUUAGAAUAUGAAAGGAUCGGUGCCUUUACACAACGAUUACAAACGGAAUUCCCAGCCGCCCAAAUUUUGAUGAAGAACACACCACCUGAUGAUUCUAUAAUAAAUUCUGAUGGACAAUAUAUUCAAAUUUGCAAUGUGAAACCAAUACCAGAGCCAAAUCCUAUUAUUCAAGCGAAUGGUGUUUCAGAAAAGGUUUCUAGGUAUUAUCUUUACAAUAAUGUUAAGCGAUUCCAGUGUGAUAGACCUGUACAUAAAGGAAUGAUCGACAAAGAUAAUGAAAUUAAGAGUUUAUGGAUAGAAAGGAUGACGAUAGAAAUAGACCACCCCCUGCCUGGAAUACUAAGAUGGUUUGAAGUUAUAAAUAGGCAUACUGAAGAAAUUCCUCCAGUUAAAUUCGCAUGCGAAACGAUGCAGAAUGUAGAGAAAGAAUUGAGGCAACUGAUAAUCCUUUACUCCAAAGAACCAAAGAGAAAUUUGAAUCCUUUCACCAUGCGGUUGCAGGGUAUUAUUGACGCAAACGUGCAGGGAGGCAUCAGCAAAUACCAACAAGCGUUUUUCACCCAAGAAUUCCAGAAACUAUAUCCAGAGCACAUGACAUAUGUAUUCACUUUGAAGAAUUUGAUAUUAGAUGCCACACAAGUGAUGGAAGAAGGAUUGGACCUUCAUGGAAAGUUGGCUUCAGCCGGUGUUCAACCUUUACACCAGAGGUUAUUGGAGAGAUUCGCUCAGUUGAGGGAGAGCUUGGGACCGAUUUGCAGACCUAAACGACAGAAAUCCGAUAGUAUUGUCAAUACACCACUGCCACCAGUACCUCUUGAGAAAAGGUAUUCAGAAAAUGGUUCUCAUGUACCAUAUGGCUACUUGGGAGAUUACAGUGAACCAGAUGUGAUAUAUACGAAACCAGUGGAGAACGAUAAAGUUAUGCCCAGUAGAGAAGCUUUAGGUCUUUCAUUACCAAGCGCAAUUGGCGCGCCACCCAUUCCACAACGAGAGAAUAGACCAAAGUCUCAAGGUUUCAGUAACUUAUUCUGCGAAGUACAUACACCAACUAGGGGACCUUUUGAGUAUAACAGUUCCAGUUUGCCUUCCUUCAAAAGCAGGGAAUCUGAUUUAUGUGAUAUUCCACUACCACCAAAACCUACACAUUCGAGGGAAAGGUCCCUGACCAAACCACCAUCUCCAAGACUGUUGAGACAUAGUUCUAUGACACCUACAGACGGUAUUUCACCAUUAAGGAAUUCGUGGUCAGAUUCUGGAACGGAAGAAGCACCACCUUUGCCUCCUAGAUCUCAUACUCCUGACAAACGCGUGAAUAGCUUCUCCAGUGAUACUCCACCUCAUGUACCUAAAAGGGGAUCUAAAAAGUCCACGCCAUCAAUGUGUAGUAUGGACUAUAUGACGUUAGAUGAGAGCUCGCAAGAACCAGUCUCAAAUUCGUCUUCAAAUUGCUUAUUGACAGCUCAAACUGAUGAUUCCCACGAUUUGAGAGAUUCAGGGAUAAGUAUAUCUGAACAUGCUCAUUUAAAUAAUUUCAAUAAUAGCACUUAUGAGGAAUUCGAUUUGAGGGCACAUCAGCAGGAGAUGAAUAUUGUUCAAAGUCCGCCAAAAGACUGUGCGAAACCUAAUCCUCCUCCUAUUCCUCCCAAAUGUAGUGGUACUUCCAGUAAUAGUUCUGGCCUUCUUGACUCUGACACCAAAAGAGAUAAUUUUGGGAAUAUUUUAAGUCCAGAAAAUUAUUCUAUUCCAAAAAUGCAAACAGACGCUAAAUUGGCUAAUGUAGAAAAUUCAUGAAGAGACUGGUUAGAUUGAAGGGGCUUACGAAAUAGUGUAUAUUAACAUUUUUAUCUGAUUUUAAAAUUAAUUUUCUCUUAAUUUAAAAACUGUAAUUUUUAGAUGUUGAAUUUUUUUAUAUUCCGAAUUUAUUAAUUUUAGUUUUAAUAUGGAAUUCAUAGCACAAUUUUACUUUAAGUGAUGUAAAUAUUAGAUACUGUCAUAUUAAUUUAUGAACAAUUAAUUCAUUCUUUGAAAUUUCAGGUUUUGAAAAUUCUAUUUCUUUUGGAAUUGACAAAUCUGUUAUUGAAACUAUCAUUCAAAAACUGAAAUUUUCACUUUUAGCAUUUGGGAAUUUGUUUACAACUGAAAACAAACAGAAUGAAUUUAAGACCAUGAUUAUAUAUUAUUUGUUAAAGGAAAGGAAUUUUUGGUGAUGAUAUCAUAAAUAUAAAAAAGAGGUUGAUUGUAGUUCUAUAUGUAUAUGUUGUCAACACCAAAAAUAUUCAUGUCAAGCUUUCAGGGGCCGUCGUGUAUGUUUUGGUUAAUAUAAAGCAGCUUUAUGAAAUUAAUCAAUCUGAAUACUCAAUUUAAUUCAGGAUUUUAAUGAUGAUAAAAUGGAAAACUAUGAUUCAGUCCACUUUACAGUCGAAAUUUAGUACGAAAUAUAUUGAGAUUAUAAGCAAUUAAUAAUAAUGGCAGAUAUUUUUGAGAUUUUGUUAGUGUCCCCAAUGUUCAUGAAAUGAUUGAACGAUGAAGAUUCAAAAAAGUAGAAAUUAAUAGAAAAAUACAUAUUUUCAACACUUUUUGGCACAAGUUUGAAAUCAAUUUUAAUAUUUUUAUAAAUGGUUCAGAUGAUACGUCAUCAAAUGUAGCACAACUUAAUGAUUGGAAAAUGCAUAG